AUGGUGUGCCAAGCAGCUAGUCAAACAAGAUUUCGGGCAUUGAAACAUGAGAAUGGAAUUGCUGGGUGCGCCACCAUAAUUGUUAGAGUUAUAGCAUGCUUUCAACCUCUUCAAGAUUGCCAGGCUGAAUACUUCCGUCAUUUGCUUAAACCUCACUACGAUUAUUGUUCACUUGGUAGUUGUUGCGGUUGGAUGGCCGAGGACUUUGGAUCCUGGUUUCAUCACCAGCAUUCUGAUCAGAAAUCACCCAACUUGGGUAAUUUCACUUUUCCAUUCAACUUGGGGCAGCAAAGAACUGUCCCUGCUUACAUGUAUCCGUGCGGUGGUAACAUGGUUGCUGCUAAUGGGACUUACCCUUUGUCCGUAUUUACAGGGCUGCCUAAUUACAAGGCAUGCCAACCAAAUGAGCCUCGUGGGUGGUUCUAUUGUUUGCCUCGUUUCGGUCAGGCCUUUGCUCCUGCACCUAACUCUGUUCUGAAGGAAAAACUUCUUGCUAAUCCGCAUGAAAUCUGUAAAGAGGCUGGAGCUCCUGACGUGGGUCCUGGUUGUCCAGAGAAGAGAUUCCUUGUGUUUGAUCAGUCCGGUGAUCAAACAACCUUGAUUUUCAAUUCUGGGAUUGUGUCUCCUGCCCAGUGUAUGACUUCUUGGAACCCUAAAGCCCCUGCUGCUUAUGAAUUGAAUACAGAUCCAGGAGCUAAAAAAGAUGCAGCCUAUCAUUAUGGGGCAUUUUUGACCGAUGAGUAUGAGGAAGGAAAUCACACUGAUGAUGUGGGAAGUGAGCUGCGUGAAGACACAGGGGAGCUUGAUGCUUUGCUUGACUCUGAUGAUGACGAUUAUUAUUCAGAGGAUGAUGAAGAAACAAGUACAGGUCAUUCACCUAGUACCAUGACAGGUUACGAUAAACAAGAAUUGUCCGAGGAAAGUGGUGAAGAAGUUGCUAGUUCUGCUGGGCCAGCAAAAAGGCAGAAACUCUUGCAUGGAGAGUAUGGUGUUCCAUCCCUCAUGGACACAGCUAGUUCACUGAAACGCAAUAGAUGCUUUGAAGAUGAGAAUGAUGCAGAAUCUAGAUGUGGUGAUGGAAACUAUCAAUAUCAAGUUUUGGGAAAUAUGGAUUCCUCAUCUGGCAACAAGAGGUCCAGGAGAGAGAAAAUACGGGAGACUAUUAGCAUUCUGCAGACUAUUAUUCCUGGUGAGAAGGGAAAAGAUGCAAUCAUGGUUAUUGAUGAAGCUAUCAAUCACUUGAGAUCCUUGAAGCACAAUGCCAAGGCUUUAGGCCUUGAUACCCUCUGA